AGAAGGAUGCUACGCUCUUGAGUGAGACUAGCGAGAACCAGGGAGACGGCAACUUCGCCUACUCCUACUCUAUUGACAAUGGAAUCAGUGUGGACGCUGUUGGAGCCCCAGGCGACGCAGGACAGAGCAACAUCAGAGGCAGCUACACCGUUCCCCUCGCCGACGGUGGUUUCGCUGUCAUCAGAUACAUUGCUAAUGAGGAUGGCUUCCAACCCGAGUCCGAAAUUCUCCGCUAAACUCACACCCGCCCAGUCUACACAUCAUACAGACACAUAAAUGCCCAUUGUCAACUGUUGAAUCCCGCCCGAUGCUUAUCCUCUCUGUCCAUCGUCUCAUUCUUACCUCUCUGUUCCUUCUACACUGUCCCCUAUACUAUCUACAUUUACACUGUUGGUACUAAGUUUCUUUGCCCGGUCUUGCAUGUACUUGUCCUCGGUCCCUUUUCCCUGGGUUUCUGGCGUCCCCGCUGGCACGGCGAUGAACAGGAUAUCCCUGCUGGUGACACAACCAGAGAUGAUCACGGUCUCCUACGCCUUUACUCUACAUCAUCUAAAGCACACACAUAAACAGCUGUCAUCGGUGGCCGGAGUUAGUGUUGUUUCACCGGUGAUGACUGGAAAAAAAAAGUUUGGUAUUAAAAAAU